AUGGAGAAGGCUGUCCACAAAAGCAGAAAAGGAAGGCACGUCAGCCUCAAGGUUAAGUCAUCUGUCCACAGCUUGAGCAAAACUCAGCAGACCAAACUCACUGUGGGCAGCCUGGGAUUAGGCCUGAUCGUCAUCCAGCAUGGACCCUACCUUCAGAUCACCCACCUCAUUAAGAAGGGGGCUGCAGCCAGGGAUGGAAAACUCCAGCCAGGUGAUGUUCUGAUUAGUGUCGGCCACGCCAAUGUGUUAGGAUAUACUCUUCGAGAAUUUUUAAAGCUUUUGCAACAUAUCACCAUAGGAACAGUGCUACAAAUCGAGGUUUACCAAAAUUUUAUUGACAUACCCAAGGAAUGGCAAGAAAUAUAUGAUUUAAUCCCUGAGACCAAAUUUCCAAUAACACACACAACAAAGAAAACUGAGCAGGCAAAAGAUGACUCCACAAGCAGCGAUGACAAAGAAGAUGUAGUUUUAGAUAAAAAGCUUAAGUACUAUAAAUAUCCACGGUCCACCGGGCAUCAUGCUGCAAGGAGACCGAUGUCUAUCUCCAGAGAAUGGCAUGGAUAUAAAAAGAAGAACCAUACUAUGCGUGUGGGAGAAGACAUUCACUGUGAUGUGGUGAUUCACCAAGAUCACAAGAAAGAAGUGAGAGCCCCUUCUCCUUACUGGACAAUGGUGAAGCAUGACAAAAGCUCCUCGUCCUCCUCGGCCUCCUCCUCAGAUGCAUUUUGGCUGGAAGAUUAUGCCCAAGCUGAGGACAAGGGUCAACCUGUAUCAAAAGAUGAUUAGGCCGCAGUUUGCAAAUCCGUCAUCACAGAUGCAUUUUUCUCAAAAACACCCAAAUUUUGUGCGUUGCCACGUAUAGUUCUGCUACCCUUACAGGAAUAUGUGCAGACUUCCCAGUUCUCCAUCACGACCGUGUUGUAAAGCCUUUGGAGACCUUCAAAGUGAUGUGCAGAGACUGCCCUGGGGUCUCACAGACCUCACAAAUGAUCUUGUUCCGAUCAUUAUGAUCAUUCAAGUCCUUA